AAAUAAACUGGUGUUUAACCAGGAUAGUAUAGAUGAUCUCGAAUUGGCAUGGGCAAGUUGUUGAGUCACUUGAAUAAGUCUGCGGCCGAUAACAUACUGUUUCUUUACACCAACGCCCGGUCCACUCAAUACGCACCGGGAGAAACGGGACCGGCAUUGCAAAAACUAUUAAAUCAAAUAAAAACACGCCCUCCCAAUGUGGACAUAACUUAUAACCGGCAAACAAUUUAUUGUUUCGAUAACGAGUCCUUUCGGUUCGCAGUGGCGACGGCAACGCCUAAUAAUAUGGUGUUUGAUGACAUGUUUACUCGUAAUUAUGAACGUAGUUGGCAAAUUUCAGUGGAAGAAUGCGAUCGACUACUGGAGCGAAUCAUAUCCCUUUCCCCUCAUAUAGUGAUUGACACCCUAUCCCUCAAUAACGCCAAACAGAGUAUAAAUCUAUUGACCGAACCAUUGGCUCAAAUAGCGAAGAAUAUCUCGGAUAACGUGGAAGAGUGUGAACGACACAAACAACGAAUCCGUGAAUUCAAUGGCGAUAUAACUGCCCUCCAGGAGGAACUGUAUGUCCCGGCGGUGGACAUCAAAAACGUACCAUUAGAUCAUCCGAAGACUGUCUGCAGUGAUAAGGAUUGUUGUACUCAUGAAUAUGUCAACGGAAUCGUUAAGACGCAUUACAAAACAGAUUGUCAUUCACCAUGCUACUUAACUAACGAUAAUGGAAAUAUAAUCGGCAAUAAAAAUCUACUCCAGUGCCAGGCAUUCAAUAAGUAUACGGUGGUUGGUCCCUAUCAAUGGUUACUAAAUCGGACAAGUGUUUCGUGUGCGGUCAUUCCUAUCAAACGCACCUACAUAUCAAUUACGAGACACGGGUUGUGA